AUGGUGAAAUCGAGUAAAGAUACGAGAUACGCUAAAUAUUCAAUGGUGACGCAUGAUGGAAUUGGAUUCCCUUGCUGGGCUCUUCCGGAUCUUAUGUCGUUUCCAGACAUAUUCGGACAAGAUGGUUAUGCCAAGCUUGAUGUAAUUGGCAUUGAGGAAACUCAGUUCUUUGGAGAUCUUUAUGAGUUUUGCUGCAAAGUCGCUGAUGAUGAUGGCAAAACUAUUGUUGCAGGUCGUGAUGGUGACUAUUUAAGGUGCUUGAUUCUGUUUCAAAAAGAUGUGAUUUGA